UGCAGCGCUAGAGCGCCGCGCGGCGCGGGGCACGCCGGGAAGGCUCAGUCCUCCCCGCGGACGCCCGUCCCGUUGUGCCCGCAGCGCGCGCCGCCAUGAAGCGAUUCGUGCUGAACCCGAGAGACACCGCGAAGCGGCUGUACUCACUCAAAGUAGCCCCGAAAGUGGCGGUGGCAGCGGCUGCAGAGCGGGUGAAGCUGCCCCGGCACAGCGAGGAGCUGGAGAUCACCAAGUUACCGAAUGGGUUAAUUAUCGCAUCUCUGGAGAACUUCUCCCCGGCCGCGAGGAUCGGGGUGUUCAUCAAGGCGGGCAGCAGAUACGAGACCACCACGAACCUGGGAGCCGCUCACCUGCUUCGCCUGGCGUCCCCCCUGACUACGAAAGGAGCGUCCUCCUUCAGGAUUACUCGUGGCAUUGAAGCUGUUGGGGGCAGCCUAAGUGUGUUCUCAACGAGAGAGAAGAUGACGUACUGUGUGGAAUGCCUGCGUGACCACGUUGACACAGUAAUGGAGUAUCUCCUUAACGUCACCACGGCUCCCGAGUUCAGACCAUGGGAAGUCAAAGACCUUCAGCCCCAGCUGAGAGUUGACAAAGCCAUCGCGUUUCAGAGCCCUCAAGUUGGAGUGCUGGAAAACUUGCAUGCUGCAGCUUACAAGACUGCUCUGGCGAACCCCUUGUACUGCCCAGACUACAGAAUUGGAAAGAUUACAUCUGAGCAGCUUCACCAUUUUGUGCAGAACAACUUCACGAGUGCACGAAUGGCCCUUGUGGGAACGGGUGUGAAGCACUCCGACCUGAAGCAAGUGGCAGAGCAGUUCCUCAAUAUCCGAAGCGGAGCUGGCGCUGCCGGCACAAAGGCGACGUACCGGGGGGGAGAAAUCCGAGAACAGAACGGCCACAGCCUUGUCCACGCUGCUGUUGUAACAGAAGGAGCUGCUGCUGGCAGUGCAGAAGCAAACGCUUUCAGUGUCCUGCAGCACGUCCUGGGUGCUGGACCACUGAUCAAGAGGGGAAGCAAUGCUACCAGCAAGCUGUACCAGGGCAUUGCCAAAGCGACCACUCAGCCCUUUGAUGUGUCUGCGUUUAAUGUGAAUUACUCGGAUUCGGGGCUCUUUGGGUUUUACACCAUAUCCCAGGCUGCGCACGCUGCGGAGGUCAUCAGAGCCGCAAUGAAGCAGCUGAAGGCGGCUGCUCAGGGCGGCAUCACGGAGCAGGACGUCACAAAGGCAAAGAACCAGCUGAAGGCCACGUACCUGAUGUCGGUGGAGACGGCGCAGGGGCUGCUGAACCAGAUCGGCUCCGAGGCGCUGCUGGCCGGGACUCACACGGCGCCCGCUGCCGUCGCGCAGCAGAUCGACUCCGUCAGCACUGCAGACGUCGUGAACGCUGCAAAGAAGUUUGUCAAUGGGAAGAAAUCGAUGGCAGCCAGUGGAGACCUGGGCAAUACUCCCUUCCUGGAUGAGCUGUAGGAACGAGCUGGGCUGCGGGUUCAGGACGGGCCUCACUGUCAGUCACCAGGUUUAAGGAAAAAGUUGUUAUUUAUGAGUUUGGUUACUGCAGAAAAUGAAGCUGCAGUGAGUGUGGGCUCACACUGAUCAAAUAAGGGGCAGAGCUCACGCGUUCCGUGUUGCUUUCCUUUCCCGGAGGCAGUGCCUGCAGUGCUGCUCUGGCUCUAUCUCAAAAUAAAGCUGCAGGGAGGAAA